CCCAGCGUAAGAUUCUGAAUUGUGACAGAAUGUCGACUCUUUUCUCAUUGUAUUGACAAUAACGACCACACUUUGUACUAAAAUAGGACCGACAUCGUUGUCUGGUCAAGACUCUGUCAUGGACUUGAAGGCUGAGCAGGUAGAUGGAGGGAAUGAUCGCCUGAGAUGCAACACUUGUGGCAAGCACCUGUCUUCCCCAGCCAGCCUUCUUGAACAUCAACGCACACACACAGGUGAACGUCCACAUGGCUGCAACGUGUGCAACAAGAGAUUCACACAGAGAGCACACCUGAUUAUCCACAAACGAACUCACACAGGUGAGAAACCGUACGCCUGUCACAUCUGCAAUAAACGCUUUGCCCAGUCAUCUCACCUCAAUGGCCACAAACGCAUACACACGGGAGAAAAGCCCUACUCCUGUAACAUCUGCAAGAUGGGCUUCUGCCGGAAACAACGUCUUGAACAACACAUACAACAGCACAUGCUGGACGAGAGUGGAACAUGGUCAACAACAGAACUGACCGCAAACAGCAGAGAACCGGAGUUGGUCCGAGAUUUGGUUGUGGAUGGAGGGGAUUCGACAGGGUUGUCUCCCCUACCUUCGUCAACGCGGAGAAGGAAACCAGCCUUUGUACGGAAGAUGGAGCCAGAGCUUGAUAUUCAGACAAUAAUCAAGACGGAAGUAGAAGAUCUAGAAACCGACACAGACAGUCUGAUUACAAGUCAGUCGGACAAGUGGCUUGAUGGUAAGAUUCCUCUUCAUCCCGUCUCCAAAAGUCCUCUGUCAGAUGGAGGCAACCAGCCAGUAUUCCCCUCAUCCCAAAGAUACAGCAUCAUCCCUAAGAAUGAUCAGAAUGACUCUGUUGAAAUUGCGCCUGAACAUAAAAGUGUGAAAGGAGCAGACGACACUGAUAACGUGAGCGUCACAAGUGACAGCAAUCACUCCAGCUCCGACAUCGGGAUUCCGACACAAGCAUUGCGACAAUCCCUUCUCGGACAUUCACCCUCCAGACAUCUAGGAUCAAGGUCGUAUGGGUCAAGGUUAUCCUCAAGCUUCAACUCCAAUCAUGUUCAGAGUCAGAUUCGGACAAAUAAUCGGAUUUCUCUGGUGGACUUCUCGUCAGAUGAUCUGAUUCGUCACAUGAUGUCGCGGGAUGAUAUAUUCCGCUGUGACUUCUGUUGUGUGAUAUUCCAGGAUGCAGCAAUGUAUCACCUUCAUCGCAGCAUGCACGACAAGAUGGACUGCCGCUGUUGCAAUAUAUGUGGCAAGCUGCUGAAGGAUAAAUACGACUUUACUGCUCACUUUCUUAGUGAACAUAAACUCUAACUCCAGUUUUCUUCAAGAUAUCCACUGCUUUGAAUUCUGUAAUCUGUUUCGCAUGUCUCACCAUGAUGGGGGUAUCUGUGAGAGAUUUAUCUAGACGUAGUCAGAGAAAGAUGUGAUACUUUAUGGAUAACAACUUCUUUAUUAUAUUAUGAUGCAACAUGUCGGUAUAGAUUCUUAUACUGUUGUCAAGCAAGAGUGAUAUCAAUUACUGGAUUGCCUUGGUUGUAACCUGUGGAUUAGCUGACCCCCUUCAACAGACUGCUUUUUUUUGGUCCUCAAAAUUGGCUUAUCUAUGGUAAUAUAGUAUAUCUUGUUUUCUUCAGUGUGUUUUUAUUGCAAGUGUCGUUCUUAUUUGUUGUUAAAAAAUCAUUGUUUUUAGUCACAAAAUGUUUUUAUAAUGUCAUUCCUAAGAAUGACAAGUUGUUAAAGACUGUAAGAAGGUCCAAGUUUAUUCAAAGCAUCAGAAUUUGUAUCUAAGAUAGCAGUCUUAAGCCAUGUUGCAAAACUAUUUCAUUUUUAUUCUUCAAUCUUUUACAUGAAUGUUCCUUCUACUCACUAUAGUUGUUCUAUUUUAGAUAUUUGUAGUAGUAUUUCUGGUAAAGAAAGUAUUUCUGUCAAGUGAGCUGAAAAGCCUUUGCAGCAUACUUUUGUAUUUUAAAUACCAAGAUAAAUAGAAAAGCACUCCAAACAUUUUAGAACUGAUUGAAGACCAGUUACAAGAUGAAUUAAAUGUAUACAUGAUAAUAUAUGUCCUUGGAAAAAACAGAAUUUUAACAAAGCACGCUUGCUUUUGUGUAUAAAUUUACAUAUGUUAUUUAUCACGAAUAUUAGAUAACAAAUACAAUAACAAGUCAGCUGUUGAUAUGUUAUUUAUGAUAUUAAACUAUAACAAAAUAUAUUCUUUGACAUGUUUUGACUAUGCUGGCAGUGUUAAUAUAUAUUAGGACAAUUGGUAAUGAGCACAUUACUUAAAUAUAAGCAGUAGAGGACGCGUACAAGUGACCUUAGAGGGAGUCACUCAUUCACAUGACUGCCUGAUUACAGACAGGGAAAUUCUGCAUGUCAUACAUAAACUCGUCUAAAAGUGUUAUUUAUGAAAAUUAAACAAAAUUUGCUGAGA